AUGGCGAACCAUCACGCGUCGCCAACCAUGAUGCAAAUGCAGCAGCAUCAAGGCCAGGUGCCUCCACCACCACCUCCUCCUCCGCCUGGAGUCCAGCCCGCACACUUUGCGCCGUCACAUCAGAUCGCUGCUAUGAAUGAGGCUGUUUGGUUGCAGAUAGGGAGCUACUCCGAAGUCCUGCGCAACCCAGACGAGGCCAUGCAGGCUUACGAACGCGCGCUUCAGGCCAACCCGAAUUCGACACAAGCCAUGAACGCAAUUGGUGUUUUGCUCAAGGGUCGCGAAGCUUUCGAGAAGGCAUUAGAAUUCUUCCGCGCCAUCGUGCAGCUGGAUCAGAACAAUGGCGAAGCCUGGGGCAAUCUAGGACACUGUUACUUGAUGACAGAAAAUCUGCAAAAGGCCUACGACGCAUACCAACAGGCAUUGGUAAACCUGAGGGACCCCAAGGACCCCAUGCUUUGGUAUGGCAUCGGCAUAUUGUAUGACCGCUACGGAAGUUAUGAUUACGCUGAGGAGGCCUUCUCUCAAGUCAUGAACAUCCAGCCCGACUUCGAAAAGGCCAACGAGAUUUACUUCCGACUCGGCAUAAUAUACAAGCAACAGAAUAAGUGGAAUCAAAGUCUAGACUGUUUUAAAUACAUCGUCAACUCUCCUCCCGGACCUUUGACUCAAGAGGACAUUUGGUUUCAAAUUGGCCACGUCCAUGAACAACAAAAAGAUUUCGAUAGUGCCAAGGCGGCCUAUCAGCGUGUGCUGGACCACUCCCCGAAUCAUGCCAAGGUUCUUCAACAGCUUGGAUGGCUACAUCACCAGCAAAGUAACACGUAUGAGAGCCAAGAUCGCGCAAUUCAGUACCUGGAGAAAUCAGUCAAUGCAGAUAAUCAGGAUGCGCAGAGUUGGUAUCUCCUAGGUCGAUGCUACAUGUCUCAACAAAAGUAUCCUAAAGCCUACGAGGCAUACCAGCAAGCCGUAUACAGAGAUGGAAAGAACCCAACAUUUUGGUGCUCCAUCGGUGUACUGUACUACCAGAUCAACCAGUACAGAGAUGCUCUCGACGCUUAUUCCAGGGCUAUAAGACUGAACCCUUACAUCUCUGAGGUCUGGUAUGAUCUGGGAACAUUGUAUGAGAGCUGCAACAACCAAAUCGCCGAUGCUUUGGAUGCCUACCAACGAGCAGCUGAGCUUGAUCCUAACAACCCUCACAUCAAGGCAAGACUACAGCUUCUUCGCUCUGGUGGCACAAACGGAGGCCCUCCCCCUGCUGCUCCCCAACCCGCUGAUGUUCACCCUCAAGCUUACCAGGCGGCUGGCCCCGUUGGUCCUCAAUGGGGAGGAUCAACCCAACAGCCACCGGCUGCUGGACCACCACCACCACCACAGGGCCCAGGAGAGAACUGGGCAGGCAGACUCUCCAACAUCAACCCUCCGCCUCAGCCACCAAACCCCUAUGAAGCCCGAGGUGGUGAACAAUUCCGUGGAGGACCAGCACCACCAUUGCGACAACCAAGCCCUCAACAAGAGCAGCUUCGCCAACCUUACAACGAUCCUAGUCGAGGCGGCCCACGCCGUGGCCAAACACCCCCUCCCCCUCCUGGCCAUCAGUACUCCCAACCGCCUCAUGCCCCCCCUCAGGCUCAACCUUCUGCUCCACCCUCGGAGCGCCGCGUCGCGAACCCUAGUUGGGUUGGAGCAGCACCCUCAGCAUCGGCAUCGGCACCUCCGUCGAACAACAUCAACGGUCCUAACGGUAUGGCGCCUUUCCGACCUACCAACAGCCCUCGCCCAGAUGGCCGACCCGUCCACGACAACCGCAUGCCUUCUCCCAAGUCAGCAUAUCCCCAGCAUCAAGCACCUCCACUAUACAAUCAGCACCCCGAGAUGUCUACCCCCGGUAACGAGAAUGGACCCCCAGGACCUGCCGGCCCGCCUGGUCCACCACCACCUCCGCCUGCUGUGGCUGAGGCUGCCAUGCAGAGGAUGGAUGACAGGCCGCCCUCAGUUGGACCCAAGAGGAUGCGAGAAUGGGAGGAGGAAUCUACUGCCAAGAAGCAGGCCAACGAAGAGAACCGGGUUCGCCUUGAUGACGUCCGUCACCGAAGAAUGUCUUCACCUCCUCGUGAUUACCGCCGCAACUCGUCUGAAGCCCGACGUCCUGAGGAUGCUCGCCGGCCUGAAGAGUCACGUCGUGAAGAGCCUCGCCGACCCGAAUCAGCUCCUCGCCAUGCCCCCGAGAGUUACCAUCCUUCCGAUGCUGCUCAUCACCCUCCCAGCCAUGCUUCUGGUCCUAGCCAUCUACCUCCAAUGCAGCAAGGACCUCCUACUCCUAUGUCCGGGGUCGUUCACGAGAAGCCUCCAGUUGUGGCAACUCCCAAGGAGGAGCGCCCACCUAGUCUUGAGCAUGCCCCUCCUGUUCGUGCAGCCCCUGCUUCUGAGCCCGAAAGAGCAGCUAGGAAGAUGGAAGUUGAUGAGGACUACGACGACAGUGGAGAGGAUGAAAAGAAAACCACUACCAUCGUUACCAAUGGCUCUGCUCCUGGCUCUGCAGCUGGAGACGCUAAGACAUCAACUCCUGCUAACGCUGGUGUAAACGGAAUUUCCGCCGCUCCAAAAGUUGAAUGA